AAGAACGCCAGUAAGUCACAUCUCCAUCACACACACAGGAGGAGGACUCGGGACAUGCAUAACUCAUCGAACAUCACAGCCAUGGAUGAUAUCGACGGUUUCAGCUUCCCUGAGUACGAUUCAGGCUACGACUAUAACGACUCGUUUUGGAACGUGACUAACGGCACGGAGCCGCCUUUUUUCGACUCGGCGUCCGACUGGUGCGAGGCCGGCGAGCACGAGUUCAGCAUCAAAAUGUUCCAGACUUGUAUAUUCUGCCUGAUCUUCCUGCUGGGCGUGGUGGGAAACUGCCUGGUCAUCGCCACCUUCGCCCUCUACCGCCGCUUGCGGCUCCGCUCCAUGACCGACGUCUUCCUGUUCCAUCUGUCGCUGGCCGACCUCCUGCUGCUCCUCACGCUCCCGUUACAGGCCGUCGACACUCACCUGGGCUGGAUCCUCUCGGUUCCCCUCUGCAAGGCCACGCGUGCAUGCUACGCCGUCAACACGUACAGCGGGCUUCUGCUGCUGGCCUGCAUCAGCGUUGACCGCUACCUGGUGGUGGCACGAGCCCAAGAGAUGCUCAGGCUGCGCAGUUGUAUCUUAACGGGUGGGAAAGUCGCUGCCGUAGGCGUGUGGCUUGUUGCCGUGCUCCUCAGCCUGCCGGAAAUCCUCUACGCUGGGGUGUCCGGGUCCGGCGCCCAGGCAUUCUGCGGCAUGCAAAUGAGUGGAACAGUCAAAAUGGCCACCAACGGAGCCAUCAUUGCCGUCUUCUGCCUGUCCUUCUCCGUCAUGGUGACGUGCUACUCUCUGAUCGCUCACGUGCUGUGGGGAGGGCACGCACAGCGGCGCGGGAAGCAGUGGCACCGGCAGCGCACCUUGAAGCUGAUGGUGGCGCUCGUGCUGGUCUUCCUGGCGUUCCAGCUGCCGUACACCGUGGUGCUCUCGCGUAAAAUGGCGGGGCAGUUCUGCGGCCUUCUGCUCGAGUACGUCACCUGCACUCUUGCGUACGCCCGCUGCUGCCUCAACCCGAUCCUGUACGCCCUGGUAGGCGUGCGCUUCCGUAGCGACGUGAUGAGGCUCCUCCACGAUUCAGGUUGUCAUUGCGGGCUCCAGGUGGGGUCAGGGACUGCGAGCUCCUUCACCCCGACGUCACCGUGCUCUCCAACAUCGCCUGAACGAAGUUACUCCAGCAACGACACGGUGCUUCUCAACAAAUUUCAGUUCCCAGGCAAAAAUUAAUAUUCUAUAGAGCGGCCUAUAAACUCUCUUUGCAUAGUUGACAUGAAUAUUUCCCUCCAGAAUACAUGAUGUACUGUUAGUGAACAACUAAAACAACUAGCAACUGAACAAUUCGGAGUUGCAGCAUUACAAAAACACAUUUUAAUUUACACAGCGUAAACGGCAUAAAGACUAAUUUAGUUUAGCCACUGUAAAAUAAAUCUAAAAAGGUUUUGUAUGUUUGUAUUUGUAGUUGCUUUGUAGAGUUGUUGAAAUGUCGUAUUAAUGUUUUGUUUUAAACGUUUGUCAUACAAUAAAAUCAUCAGAGCUUAGAACGCAGUCACAAGUUUCAAACACCCGUUGCCGGUGGUGACACAUUUCACUCGUUACUCAAGAAGGCUUGAGGUUUGGUCGCCGGCUCUUGUCACAUCUUUUAGUCACAUGUGUGUGUGUUCGGUCACACUUUGUUUAUUUCCAGUUGUUCACUCGUCAGGUGACAGAAAGCAGAUGUUCAGAGUCACACACUUUUGUAACCACAACAAUUUGUAUUUCAAGGAACUGAAAACCUUCCCCGCCUACUGCUGUUAAAGCUUUGAAAUGAAGACUUUACAGAGGAUCAAACGUCUCCAGGUUAAUAUGUACAAAUGUAUAUACUGUGUAUAUGUUUGGAUGUUAUACUGCUUAUAAACAGAAGUUCAACACAGUGUUCAUUGGAUGUUUUCUGUAACUCUGUUAACUAAAACUUCAACUUUAAACUAAAUUCAACCUGUCCUAACUCGUGUUGUAUCCUCUGAUACCAAACACACAGGUUGUGUGUCAUUAUUGGACAGUAAUGAUGAAGUCGGAGUUAUUCGUCUGUGUAAAAAUGACAUGAAAGUUGUUGUUGCUUUGAUUCGAUGUAUAUUUUUCUCCACUGACUUUGCGAUUAAACUUUGACGUGUUUCAUAA